GAGAAAGACACCACAAUGAUCCCAUUACCAGAUCUACGUAAAGUCACAGUCUUAUCCAAAUCUGAAUUAAUGCGAAUACAAGAUCAGCUGAAAAAUGUUGACAGAGAACAAGAGCUCAGGAUACAAGAGGCAAAAAGAAGAGAAGCCAUGCAUCUGCAGUCAAAAGAAGUGGUCAAGCUUUGGUCCAACACUAUAGCAGGGCAAAGGCAAAAGAACCUGGAGGCAAAGGCAAUUCGGCAGCAGAUUGAGGAGGAGAAAAGAAAGCAACUUGACUUAGAAGAGCAUGAAUUCAAAGAGCAGAAGAUAAAGGAGGCCAUAGAAAAGGCUAAGACUCAGCUAUUUUAUCAAACAAACCGGGUCAAAAGCCUACAUGGUGCAUACUUGCUUUCACAUGUGCUUAAAGAAAGAGAGGCACAAAUUCAAUUAAAACAAUACAUCAAGGAUGCCAGCAAAGAUGUGAAUAAAACCUUGUUAGAAGCAGCCAAAGCCAGGGAUGAUGAAGCUCUGAGACGAGAAGAAGAGAAAUCACGUCAAAAGAAAGAGCAGACUCUGUCUGUUGUAGAGGAACUGAAGAAUCAAAUAAGGGAAAAGGAGUUAGCGAGGGAACAUGAGAGACAACUAAAGAAACAGGAAAGAGAGGAAAUACAUAAACUUCAUGAGCUCCAUCUUUGGGAACAGAAGAGAGAGCAAGAACAACAAAAAGAGGAUAGGAAACAGCUCAUGCAAGUCAACCAGGAGCAUCUGACCAACAGACAGUUAGAGAAAGUUAUACACGACCAAAAAGAGCAAAUGGAGGAGGAGCAAAGAAAACUGUACCUCUCAGCAAAACAAAAAAUGACCAAGUUAAGGAGGGACAAAGAGAAGGAGAUAAUAAGGGAGAUCCAGUCAAAACGAGAGAGGAUCUUGGAAAAAAUUGUAGCCACCCAGCAAGAGCAGGCUGAAAAUGAAGAGCUCAAAAUUGCACAAGCUGUGGCUGAACGGGAGGCUCGAGAGGCAAAGCUGAAGCUGGAGGAAGAGGAGAAGAAAGCCGCCAUGAUGAAGUCCAUGGCUGUGCACAGAGAGGCAUUGAGGGAAGAAAAAGAGAGAAUGAAAGAAGAGAUACAACUAAAAAACAAAGAAAUGCUUCAGUCUAAGAAGGAGGCAGACAAAAUAUAUGAAGAGAAACAGCAACUCAAGGCUCAGAAGAGGAAAGAGGAGCUUCAAAAGUUACAGGAAUUCAACAGAACACAAAUGGCUGAAAAACACUCAAAGGAACAGCAGCAAAUACAAGACAUGGAGAAGUUUAAAGCAAUGAAUGCUCAAAUACAGGCAGAAGAAGAGUUCCAAUUUCAGUUAUAUGCAAAGGAUGUUAUCAAUACAGCAGAGAAGGCUAAUCUUAACGUGGUGCCACUUUAUAAAGCUGUAAGAGAGGGGAUAGGAGGAGGAUCUGGUGCUGCUUUUAAUGGAAUUAGAUCCAGCUAUGUGGUUCAAGACAGCAGUGGUGCACAAAUGCCCAAAUACAUCUCAGGUGCCACUCAGAAUAUUAAAACGCUAAAUGAGGCUAUGAAUAUUGAACAUGCAAAAAAGAGACUGGGGUUUCAAUGGUGAUCAAUAAAAUAAAUGUUGGCAAUAAA